AUGUCGGACUACGAGGAGGAGGACGAGAAGUGGGUGCAGUGGUUCUGUAGCCUGUCGGGCAACGAAGCCUUCUGCGAGGUGGCGCAGAGUUACAUCGAAGACUCGUUCAACCUCUACGGCCUGCGCGCCAUGGUGCCCAACUACCAGGACGCGCUCAACAUCAUCCUGGACAUGACCGACAUUCCAUAUGACGACGACGUGCCGGCGUACGCGGCCGAGCUCUACGGACUCAUCCACGCCAGAUAUAUCAUCACGGCUCAUGGGCUGGAUGCCAUGAUGAAGAAGUACCGUGAAGGAGACUUCGGCGUCUGCCCCAGGGCGCUGUGCGACGGCCAACCGGUUGUUCCGGCGGGACUUCAUGACGAGUGGAAAAAGUCGGAGAUGAAGGUGUACUGCCCCAAGUGCCGAGACCUGUACACCCCUGCCAGCGAGUACCAGACCCCCGCAAUUGACGGCGCGUACUUUGGUACGACGUUCCCGCACCUGUUUUUCCUGACCUACAGAGAGCUGGAGCCGGCUCCGUCGACGCUGCUGUACGUGCCCCGGGUGUUCGGCUACAAGAUCCACAAUAAAUCUGAGAACCGUCGACGCCUAGCAAUCCUCGCAAAAGAGGACGAGGAUGAAGAGAAGACCCAACAGCAGCGACGGACUCUGACAGGAGCCAGACGGAAGGGCGAGGCCGACUCGACUGCUGAUGUGACGUCGUCGCGCGUGAAGAAGCGGACAAAGCAAGAGGUUUGA